AAACACACGCGCUUCUAAGGAGCGUGGGACAUGGGUUUCCUGAAUGCCUCGCAUACAAGACUAGGGCGUCUCUGUUUAUCAAAUUGAGGGGCGUCCCGAUCCAUUCCUCCCCAUCACCGCGAAACCUUCAAAUUUUUCCCUCACUUUCUCUCUCCUCUCGUUCUCUAACUAGUACGGAGUGUUUACACACACUUAUACACCCAGAUAUGCGUACAUCUGUAUGAAACAGAAGUAUCAAUGGCGGAGAAGCAAAUUGAUUAGUCUAUCUCGAAAAGGGUUUUCACUGUCUAGCUAUGACGAUGGAAAUUCAAUGUCACUCAGAGUUUACUGGGCAAAAGAUGAUGCUUCCACCACCAUCUCGAAAUUUUCAGGAUCGUGAGGACCUUAUCACAUAUGUUCGAGAUUUUGGGGCUAAACAAGGAUAUGUGGUGACUAUUAAGAAGUCCAGGAGGGAUCGAAGAGUUAUACUUGGUUGUGACAGAGGAGGUGUUUAUCGCAAUAGACGCAAGAUAGAAGAAAUGAAACGCAAGAGGAAAACACCAUCACGCCUCAUUAAUUGCCCUUUUGAAGCCAUAGGUAAAAGGGACGAUGAUGUGUGGAUACUUACUGUAAAAAAUGGUGAGCACAACCACGAACCUCUGAAUGACAUGUCUGAACAUCCUUAUAGUCGCCGUUUUACUGAGGAAGAGGUCAGACAAAUCAAACUAAUGACUGAAGCUGGUAUAAAACCACGUCAGGUGCUUAACGCUCUCAAGCAAAGUAAUCCAGAGCUUCAGUCAACACCAAGGAACUUGUACAACCUCAAAGCUAAGAUUCGGCAGGGAAAUUUUGAAGAUAAAACUUUCCGAACGUGGAGACCUAAUAGACCUGUUGCUUUGAACUCUACGGAGGCAUCAGCUGAACUUAACUGCCCACUGAAGGUUCAUAAUCUUAUUGGAGGAAAAUCUGUGGACUCACAAGCUUGUGCAAUAGUUGAUGUUCUGAAUCCUGCAACACAAGGAGUUGUUUCUCAAGUUCCUUUCACUACCUACGAUGAGUUCAGAGCUGCAGUUAGUGCAGCCAAACAAGCUUUACCUUCAUGGAAGAAUACACCUGUUAAUACUCGUCAACGCAUCAUGUUCAAGUUCCAAGAGCUCAUUCACAGAGAUAUUGAUAAGCUGGCCAUGAGUAUUUGUAAAGAGCAGGGGAAGACGUUGACUUUUGCAAAAAAUGAUGUGCUUCGUGGUUUAGAGGUGGUUGAACAAGCUUGUGGAAUGGCAAGUCUCCAAAUGGGGGAGUUUGUACCCAAUUCAUCUAAUGGAGUUGAUACCUACUGUGUUAGAGAACCAGUGGGUGUUUGUGCAGGAAUCUGUUCCUUCAACUUUCCGGCAGUAAUUUCCUUAUGGAUGUUUCCAAUUGCAGUUACAUGUGGCAAUACGUUUAUUUUGAAACCUUCGGAGAAACAUCCAGGGGCUUCAAUGAUCCUUGCAGCAUUAGCAAUGGAGGCUGGUUUGCCUGAUGGUGUAUUAAAUGUUGUGCAUGGGACCAAUGAGAUUAUCAACCACAUGUGUGAUGAUGACGAUAUAAAAGCUAUAUCAUUUGUUGGUCCUAAUACAGUCGGGAUGCACAUUUAUGCUAGGGCAGCAGCUAGAGGAAUACGUGUUCAGUCCAACAUGGGAGCCAAGAAUCAUGCGGUUAUUACGCCUGAUGCAAGUGCCGAUGCCACCUUGGAUGCUCUGGUUGCUGCUGGUUUUGGUGCUGCGGGUCAGAGGUGCACGUUUCUCAGCACAGCUAUUUUUGUUGGAGGCUCUAUGCCAUGGGAGGAAGAACUUGUGGAACGUGCAAAAGAACUCAAAGUAAAUGCGGGAACAGAGCCUGGUGCAGACAUUGGACCUGUUAUUUCAAAAGAGGCAAAGGAUCAUACAUGCAGAUUAGUUCAGAGUGCAGUUGAAAGUGGAGCUAGACUUAUUCUUGAUGGAAGAUACAUUAUAGUUCCAGGAUAUGAAUAUGGAAACUUUGUGGGUCCGAUCAUCCUAUGUGAUGUUACAACUGACAUGGAAUGCUACAAGGAAGAAAUCUUUGGACCGGUUCUCCUUUGUAUGCAGGCUGACAGCUUAGAAGAAGCAAUAACUAUUGUCAACAGCAACAAGUAUGGAAAGGGUGCUUCCAUAUUCACCACAUCUGGUGUUUCUGCGAGGAAAUUCCAGCAUGAAAUUGAGGCUGGGCUGGUUGGGGUAAAUGUGCCUGUUCCAAUUCCGUUGCCAUUUUCUUCUUUCAACGGAUCUGAGGCAUCUUGUUCUGGGAAGGAAGGUGUACAAUUCUACACUAAACCAAAAAGAGUAGCACAGAAAUGGAAGGAUUUACCGAGAAGGAGAAUAUCACUACCUCCACCUCCUACAUCUGAUACUGAGAUUUCGAGUCGAAGAUUGUCCCUACCACAACCUCCAACAUCUUCCAGUAGCUUACCUAUCCAACUAGUUUUACCCUCAAUGCCUUCGGCAUCAGAUAAGGAUUUACGAGACCAGAAUGAGAGGGAUUCAACAAACCAGGGUGGCGAAAGGCAUUUACUAGGCCCAGUAGGGUCACUAACAUCUGAGAGGGUGUUUUUGCCUCAAGUAGCUCAUUGGGACGAAUCUCUACCCUCUAUAUCUCAAAGAACUGAAAAUGCUCCUCCAAACUCUGAAACAGCAAUGCACCCAGAUUCGGAGAGGAUAUAUGUGACCACAUCAUCCAACGGGAAUGACAAUGUGAUUCCCUCGGAUGGUCCAAUGACAUUAGAACGAGAUAAUGUGAUUUCCUCCCAAAAUGGUGAGAAUUUUUCUUCCCAAAGGGACGAUGGUAUGGAGACAAACGAAGGUAUCCUGUCGACUUCUGAGAGGCUAUAUGCAGCUGAAACGCAUCAGGGGUUAUACAAUUCGCACCAACUGUUGUCAAUGGACGAAUAUACUGUCCAAGAAGGGUCGCUGAGUAUACCAACAUCUCGGAGAUUGUAGCACUCAACCUUCAUGCUACAUGUACUUAUCUUUUUUGCAUUUAGGAAGACUGUCAAGUUGGUGAACAUAGAGCGAAAAAAGAGUUUUAAUUUAUUUGUUAUCCUCUUAUAAUUUUGUCGUCCUCAUGUACUCCCAGCAAUAUAUUUUAGUGAAUAAUAUGAAUGCACGCCAAAAAAAGAGAACCUAGACGGCUAUGCUACUUGUUUUAGGUUUCUCCAUUGGCAAAACAAGAUCUCUUAUCAUUUACAUGUCAAUUACAUCUCUUCAAUCGUUGUUGU